AUGUUGUUAGAGUGGAUGAUGAACGGACACGCCAUUCUUUACACGGGGGUCACUUUGGCCUUCUGGAGUACCAUUCUAGUCGUCGGUAUAUGCUAUACCAUAUUUGACCUUGGAUUCCGCUUUGAUGUGGCAUGGUUUUUGACAGAAACGUCUCCUUUCAUGUGGGCCAGUCUGGGCAUUGGUCUGGCCAUUUCUCUGUCUGUAGUGGGAGCUGCUUGGGGGAUCUACAUCACUGGUUCAAGCAUCAUUGGUGGUGGUGUCAAGGCUCCAAGAAUUAAAACAAAAAAUCUGGUCAGCAUCAUCUUCUGUGAAGCUGUUGCCAUUUAUGGGAUCAUCAUGGCUAUCGUCAUUAGCAACAUGGCGGAGAACUUCAGUGCAACAACCCCAGAGACCAUUGGAGCACGAAAUUACCAAGCUGGUUACUCCAUGUUUGGAGCUGGUCUCACUGUGGGCUUUUCCAACCUUUUCUGUGGGAUCUGUGUGGGCAUUGUGGGCAGUGGAGCCGCUCUGGCAGACGCCCAGAAUGCUAGCCUCUUUGUGAAGAUCCUUAUUGUGGAAAUCUUUGGCAGUGCAAUUGGCCUGUUUGGAGUCAUUGUAGCAAUUCUGCAGACCUCUAAAAUAAAGAUGGGCGAUUAGAUGCUCUUACAUGCUGAGAAGAAAAGUAUACUGCUGAAAAAUCAGAUGGAUUAUUGUGUACAUACAUCGUAAAUUAUUGGAAUGUCUAUAUUUGGUGUGUAUUGUUUUUAACCAUCAUUUGUAUAAGAGUGGGUUGAUCCUAAGGAAGCUUGCAUGUUGAAUAGGGAAAAAGUGUUUUUUUUUUCUUGUGCAUUUCCUCAUGUUCUCACCAGAUAAUUGUAACAAUUCAGCUUCAUGACUCAUGGAAGUAAUCUGCAGCUUUCAGCUGUGAGGCUUUUCUUUCUUUGAGAGGUUUUCUUGUAUAAUCUUUCAGACCACUCUUAUUCAAUGAUGUUUAAAACUGAGUAUUUGAAAAUAGUGUGUGUGUGAAUGCAGAACAUAUGAUUCACCCUUCUUUUUUCUUCCUUUCUGUGAAGCUUGAGGACGUUUGUGAUUGUGCUUGUGGUCUGGUUUGUCAGUUUUUGUUUUUGUAUUUGGAAAUCUGAAGCUGGGCCUUUCUGCAGGUGGUUCCCAUACAGUGUUUAUUUUUUUCCGUUCCCUAGCUCCUAAUAGAAAACAUUUAUGAAUUUCAAAUUAAGACUAUUGUAAAGUUGUAAUUGUGCAACAUAUAAAUCAGAGCAGUCAUUCCCAAGCCAGCCAUUUGUAUACCACACAGUUCUUGCUGUUUCAAAACAAAAAUUCAUUUUCAAAUUACAAGACAUGACAGGCUGUUUAAAAGUUGUAACAAACUAAAGGAAUCUUUUAGAAGACGUAUAUACAUUUUAUGUUUUCAAAUAAAAUGUCCAUCAUUGCCUCGUCGCAGCCAUUUUUGUUUGUCGUAGCUUCAUUCACCAUCGUUCAACUCAGAAAAAGAUGAGGCAUGUUUGCAGUAAGAAAUUGGUUUCUUACUCAGUUUAAAUCGGUCUCAGUUGAUCUGAUACUUCAGAUUAUUAAUCUUUUACUUGAUACUUUUUUUUUGUAUGUUUGUAUCCAUUCUGGUUUAGAUAUGUGACAGUCAAAUCUGCAUUAUCUGCUUAUUGUUUACCAAGAUUUAACCAACAUUCCUCAAAUUGUGUGACAUUUGUGGUUGUUUUGAAAUGGAAAUCAAGACAAUGUGACUUCUAAAAUAUCUCAUUAGCUUUAUUAAUGCUUAGACAUUUGUUUGUAAAUCCUGUUCAUUAGGAGUCUUUCGGGGAUUUUAAAUUGAAGUUGCCUGACAGAAGAAAAUAUUUAAAGCAAGGCAUUCCCAGAGAUGAUACAGUUAAUUUUUCUGUUCCCUUUUCCUUCACUGCUUUAUUGCAGCGUAAAAAUCAUAUCAUACAUUAGAAAGGUGCAUUGUAUUUUGUUAAACAAAUCUCAUUCUAAUUAAAACACCUAAAAGAAGAUUUAUGAUUAAAAAUGGGCUACGAAAUUCUAUGAAAUUCUGGGUUUGUAGUAACUGUAGAUGGUACUGUGUAUACACUGUGUUGAUGUGAUGGUGCUCAGAAAAUAUCCCAUUGUUUUUAACAUUGUGGAAGAUGCAAGCAAAAUCUGAUUUUCCUUCUGGCUCCAUAAAUGUUGGGAAACAAAAUAAAUGGUUUAAUCAA